AAGCGGCAGAAACAUUAUCAAACGGGCCCUUAGGUUUCUUCAUGUUUUGGUUUUAAAAUUCUGUAAUUGAUUCCUAUUUACUGUUGGAUUCUUCAGAGUUCAGAUCACAUUCCAACCAUUGGAUUGGAAUAUUGGAUUACCCGAAUGUACUAAAGCUGUUGAUAUCUGGUUCCUUUAUUAAAUUAUUAAAAUAAAGGUGAAAAAGCCAAAAGCCAAAAGCCAAAAUCCAAAAGCCAGAGAGUUGGUUAAAGCCAAAAACCCUGAACAGCCCAAAGGAUGAGGCCUAUGAGGGAAGAUGCAUAAGUUUGUCAGUUUGUAAUCGGCUUCCUAAUGGGUCCAUACCAGUUUUAAAAACCGAUCCAAACCAGAUUGAACCCGAUAAUCCAAACCAGUGCCGAACCGAACCCAAAAUGCACCGAAACCAGAACUGAACCCAAAUCGAUAAAUCCUUCUUGGAGCGGUUUCGGUCAGGCGUAAAUCACACACCAAAACCGGUGGAACCAGACCAAAACCACCCCGAACUGGCCCGUUGAUACCCCUAAGUUGAAGAGAUUAAAAAGUCAUGGGGUUUGAAACUCAGUAUAUUUUUCUCUCUUCCUAAUUGCAGGAAACAAGCAGUAGUCAAUGUUUCAGUGUAAGUGGCAACAGCAAUGGGAAACACUAAUCCCUUGGAUAUGGAAGAAAUAUGUUUAACUUGGGUUUCUAUUUGAGUGUUCUCUACCUUUCCUUCCUUGCAAAGCCAAAACCGAAGCAUAAAAAAUGAGCGGAACAAGACUGUGCAGUCUCUUGAGUGAACUGGGGUACGAAGGGCAUGAGGUGUUGGACCCUGACAGCUUUGAAUGGCCUUUUCAGUAUGAGGAGGCCCAACCCCUCCUUGAAUGGAUAUGCUCUAGUCUCCGCCCUACUAAUGUUCUAUCUGCUGCUGAGGUCUCUCAGUAUGAGCAGUUUGUACAAGAGGGGAAGCUGUUGGAGGGGGAGGACUUGGACUUUGCUUAUGAUAGCAUUUCAGCCUUCUCAAGUAGGAGGGAUGAUCAAGAGGCAGUUUUUGGUGCCGAAGAAGGAUUGAAAGAUAUCCGUGAUGCGACUUUGGCAUACAAAACUGAGGCUUUAGAAUUGCAGAAACAGCUGAAGCAUCUACAACAUCAAUAUGAUUUGCUGACUGGCCAAGCUUCAUCUUUGAUCCAAGGAAGAAGAUCACGGGUUACAGCAACAUCUACGGUCAAUGGACAACUCACUGUAAUUGAUGAUGGGCUUUCAGCAAGGAAUUUAGAGAUGAAUGCGGUGCUUGGAAUGAUUUCUUCUACUGCACAGGAGUUGUCUCACUAUCAUUCAGGGGAUGAGGAUGGCGUGUACUUGGCUUAUUCAGAUUUCCGUUCAUUCUUGUUGCAAGAUGCAGCUUGUGCGAAGGAGCUAAACCAGUGGUUUGUGAAGCAGUUUGAAGCUGGUCCUUUUCAAUUAGUGGCCAAGGAUGGCAAAGUGAGAUCUUCAUGGUUGAGUCUUGAUGACUUUCCAGAUUCUGUAGUGCAAGAGUCAGAGGAAUCUUGCCAUCAACAUGGAGCUGAGUUGCGAAGGCUUCGUGCUGUAUUCGGAACGAGUGAGAGACAGUGGGUAGAAGCCCAAGUUGAGAAUGCCAAACAGCAAGCUAUUCUUGCAGCAAUUAAAUCUCAAGUAGCAUUGGAUGAAGCUCACAUUCAUCUUGAUCUUCAUUCUCUCAGGAGGAAACAUUCUGAUUUGACAGGAGAGCUUUCAAACCUACACCAGAAAGUGAAGUUAUUGUCUGAGAGUAUUCCAGAUCUUUGUUGGGAGCUUGCUCAACUCCAGGACACAUAUAUAUUGCAAGGUGAUUAUGAUUUAAAGGUCUUGCGCCAAGAAUCCUAUAGUGCUCGGCAAAAGGUGUUCAUACAUCAUUUAAUUAAUCAGCUUGCUAGGCACCAGUUUCUAAAAAUAGCUUGCCAAUUGGAACAGAAAACCAUGCUUGGUGCAUACUCAUUGCUAAAAGUUAUUGAAUCAGAAUUGCAAGCCUACCUGUCAGCUACCAAUAGCCGAAUCAGUCGUUGCCGGUCACUGAUUCAGGCUGCGUCUGAAGAACAUGAACAAGGAGCAGUUGAUGAUAGGGAUACUUUUUUGCAUGGUGUGAGAGAUCUUUUAAGUAUUCAUUCAAAUGCUCAAACUGGGUUACCAACCUAUGUAUCAGCACCUGGUAUUGUUCAGCAGAUAUCUAGUCUUCAGUCAGACUUGAUGACCCUCCAGUCUGAGCUUGAAAGUUCCCUCCCAGAGGAUAGAAAUAAAUGUAUCAAUGAGCUGUGCACUUUUAUUCGAAGUUUGCAGGAGCUGCUUUUUUCAUCCUCAACAACUGCACAACCAAUUCUGACACCUUGGCCGCUUAUGAGAGAACUUGUAGAAAUGGAAAAUGUGAAUGCUCAACUAUCUUUAGCCAUUGAAGAAGUGACACGAGAGCAUAGUGAAAAGGCUGAGAUAGUAAAACAUCAUCCACAUGAGGUGGGGAGGGAGAGGCAGGUCUUUGUUGACUUUUUCUGCAACCCUGAACAUCUCAGGAAACAAGUUAGGGAGCUGACUUCUAGGGCGAAGGCUUUUCAAGUUUAGAAACCAUCGAUUGAACCAUUUGAACUGUUGGAACUGUUGGAAUGCUUUUAUUUAUGAUUCACCUGGGGCCUUUGUGGCAAUUAUAGUACCAAUCUCAUGCCAGUUUCUUCUGAUUUUUCAUGUGAACACUUAAAUCUGCUUCUCUUAAGCUUGUCUCUACGUGCAAUUGUGUAUCACUGUGAUGAUGAUGGUGAACAAUCUCCCAGGAAAGGUGGUGAAGAGAAAUCCGCGACUUCAAUCUCAUAAUUAUUCCCGCAUAUAUGACACCUUUGGCACUAUUCCAGAGUUUCAUCCAUGUGCCAAAACCCAUGAGUGAAGCCGCAGGUAAAGAAAAACUUGGUCUGUUUGAUUUUCUAGAGUUUCAUUUGGUCUAGGGAAGUUGAGAUUAUAAAUACUGGCUUGUAUCCCAAUAUCUGAUUAAGAUUGAGGAAAUAAAAUUUUAUUGGUUUGCUC